AUGGGCAUAACCCGAGGGUGGUGCAGGCACGAACUGAGCAAAUCAGGGGGUUCCAAGAGGGGCAACAUGUUGCACUUGAGGCCGAAUAGGGUCAGGGGGAGGAGAAAGGGGGGGGGGGGCGAGGGGGGGAGCGGGAAAUACACUUGCUGGGAUCAUGGAGCGGUGGCUUAUGCCGCCAGCAUAAGGCUACUCGAGCUCAGAGAAGGGCCGGGGAAGCUCGGAGGUAAGAGGCGGGAGCUCAAACCCGCCAACGUGCUAUUGUUCUGGCAAUGUGUGCCACAUGAAGGGAAAGUGCAGGUGCGUGAUGCGGAGUGCCGCAAGUGCGGCAAGAGGGGCUGCACGGAGGCGGUGUGUAGGCAGAUUGCGCGCGCAAGUGGCCGUGCGGAGGAGAGAAUUUCUGCGGAGGAUGCAAAUGGAGUAGCUUUUACGGCGUGGGGCAACGAUAGGGAUGUGCGCAAAGGGGUGUGGAUUGUCGACUCGGGCAGCACCCAGCAUGUUACGGCCGAAAGGAGCCACUUCACGAGCUACAAAGAGCUCGUGCGUGACGAAAAGAUCGUGAGGAUCUGUGCUGAGUCUCUAAUCGCAGUGGGCAUUGGAGAAAUGGAGCUCAAGUAG